AUGCAAGUCUCUCCAGCUAUUGUAAAAGGUAUCGCAGUCUCAUCAUUAGGUUUAUACGCCGGUAUUCUAACUUCUUCUACUGUGAUCUCCAUUACUACCCCAAUAAACGUUUUAACUCAACAUUUGAAAAAUGUUUUGUGCACAUUAGGAUGCUGGAGCACCGUUUUGGGUGGUAUAGCCACUGGCGCCUUUGGCCUCAGCUAUUACUUAGCUGCACCAGGUGAAAGGCCAAACUACCUUCUAUGCGGGUUAGGUGUCGCCCCAUUAUCAGCAGCCUACUUAUACUUAGUAUCACUGUUCAAUCACAAGUUAGCCCCAAAAUGCACACGUGAUCAGAAAGAUUUAGAAAAGCAAAAGGAUGAGAAGUUACCUCAAAAUCACCCAGAUGUUAAAGAUGGGGAAGCGGCAUGCCCAUUCUCAAAGAUGAACAACGCCAAAACCUUAAAACCUGAAUCCGAAAGAAGCGUGAAGUGUCACUCAUACAUGUCAUUACACAUGUCCAUUGUAACUGGUAUAACAAUUUUUACCUUUGGUAAGUGCAUCUUAGAUGGAUUCAAAGCAUGA